AGGUUUUCUAACAACAAGAUCAAGGAAUUUGAGCUUUGUGCAUGGCCAUUAUGCAAGAAAUGUGAUCAAAACUCGCUUUUUGCCGAGAAUUUGAGAACUUUUCUCUCAUUCCUACCUCAUUAUGGGUAGCAGGCAUACUCGUCGUUCGGGUGGCGAUAGAGAACGUACCUCAAAUUCGCAGCGCGAGGGCGCAAAUUCUGCGCUCAGUGAAGACACUGAAAGCGACAAUGAAUCGGAUCUUGUAAGCGUUCUGGCUUUUUUGCUCCGCAGGUAAGAUGACGGCACCCUUAAAAGUAGAAUUCAUUUUUUUAUUGAUGUAUUUUUGUUGCAGUGGACUUUUACGUUGGUCUUAUAACGUAUCAAAACGAAGAAGAGUUUUGGGGAAGACUUGAGUCUUUCUUCUUGCUACAAAUGGUUUAAUACUCGAGCUUUAAUUGCGUAGCAGCGAGAGUGGUAAUCUGCGAGCAGUUUUCUUUUCUUCGUAUUUAGUACACAAAAGGGGUCAUGCUCCCAGGUGUUCCUAGUUGUUUAUGCAAUACGCAUACGUUCCAGUUACCAGUUGCGUGACAUUCGUUUGAUUUUAACAUCCCAAAACAAACAAAUUUGCCAUUUGCACAUCUCCCAUGAUACACCAUGUUUACCCCCCAAAAUUUUGCAUAGCCUUUUUUUUUUUUUUCUCAUUUCUCCUGGGUAGUUACAGUCAUCCCAAGAGAAAUUGGAAGACAAUGCUUUUGCAAAAUUUUGGGGGACAAACAUGGUGUAUCAUGGGAGAUUAGCUAAUUGCAAACAUGGCUUAACCAUACAAUGUGUUUUUCUUAAGUCGACUCCAAUGUGCAAAGGAAGAUUGUUACAAUAUAUGCUUAUUCAGAAAACAAUGAAAAAGGUACAAACCAAGGUGCAAACUAUAGUGUUAUUGGGGCACACGUACCUUUUUUUGUCCUCCUCAUUAGCAUAAAAUAACAACAAUAUUCAUAUUAGCAUACCAGCUGACUUAAGUAGUAACUUUCUAAUGUUAUGGAUCCAAAUAGAAAAAAAACAACAAAUAGCAUUACUAUGUUCAAUGUCUUUAUUAUCUCUCUAAAGUGAAGUAACAAAAAGCUUGUACCAGAAUAAUUUAAAGCAUAUUGCAUUCUUUUUCACAUUUUUCAAGGCUAAAGAUGUAUUUAGUCAUCUGUAUUAACACCACACUAAAUUUCUCAUGGGAGCCCGAGAAAAUAAAUGUCAAAUUUCACAAAAUGACUUCUUACACAUGAAAUUUUUAGAAUUUUACCUGUGUUUUCACAAUUCUUGUGAAAUUUGACAUUCAUUUUCUCGGACUACCAUGAGAAAGUUUCUUUGGUGUUGUUACAGAUGACUAAUUACAUCUUUAGCCCUUGGAAAAUGUAAAAAAGAGUGCGAUAUUCUUUAAAUUAUUCUGGUACAAGAUUUUUGGCCACUGAAAAUUUGAAUUACUCAAUUUCCUGGUGGAUUCCGUCUUAAGUUGCCGGGUAAAUACAAAAAGUAGACGGGGAAUCAAACAGCUAUGGGUUUCUUUGGGUUUGAUUAUUCCUUUGAAAGUAGUAAUGCAGGCCACGUUCAUAGAAGCUGGUGUAAGACCCCGGCCUCCCACCUCUUAUUAAUGACAGCCCUGUAAAUACAGUCAACUGUCUGUCAUAGUCAGACACCAUUGGGAAUGGAAUUAAGUGUUGAUUUUAGAGAGGUGUCAGAGAAUCAAAGAAUAAAAAUAAUGAAGAAAUGCAGGUACACAGGGAAGUAUCCUUAUUUGUCUGAGUAUUCAUAUCACUGACCUUGUCUUGUUUCUUUGCUUAGUGGCCAGGCUCGUCUGGUCAGAGCCACAGCUGAGGGUGGAGGUGGAAUACACUUGAUUCAUGGGCUAUCGUCAAGUGACAGUGAUGAUGAUGAAGAUUUUGGGGAUGAUUUUCCCUGCUGUGAUGUUCCCAGUCCUCCAGGUACGUUGAGAGCAAAAUCAUAUUUCAUCAGUUAUAAUAAUCAUUCAUUCAGGCAGCCUUGUCGUGAAUGCCAAAGGGCUGUUCUUCACGAUAUCACAGUUUUAAAGCAAACAGGGUUUAUUUCACAGCUUCGAUCCUCACAGUACAAUGGCUCGCUCACACACUACACAAAAUCGUGACUUUCUUGAAUCUAUAAGCUUUAGUUUUUAAUGCGAUCUGUCAUCAAGUUCUCUGUCGCUCUGACAGACGAGUGAAACUAUUAUUAACAAAAUCAAAGGAAUAAAAAAAUCACGCCAUCUCACAAUCACGCUACACUCUUGCUUCAUAACAGCCUCAGCGGAGCUAGUCACCUGGCCGCCCAGUCCGCUCUAUUGUCCAUGCAGGCUGAGUGUUUGCUGGUGGAUGCCACCCCAGCGUCCCUCAUCAGAAUGUCUAUGAAUGAAGACACCAGGUGACCACGUCGUAGGUCACUAUGGUGUAUUCAGUUAGUCAAAAAUACCUCUUUCUGGCUGCAUGAGUCAAAAUGUAUGGUGCAAACUGUAUAAUGAUUAAUAAAGAUGAUAAUAAUAAUGAUAAUAUGUCAGACAGUCAGUUCUGUCAUUGAAAGAACUGAAGGGGCGCACCAUACAAUUCUCCAUUAAUUUUGUUUUUCAAGUAAACAUUCAAUUAUGUACCACCAGUGAUUUCAAAAUGGACAACAAUGAAGCAAUAAAUCACUGUUGUCUUGUUCCACUAACCAAUUGCACCUCUUUUGAAAUAAGUUUUACUUUAGGACAAAUAAAUGGCCAACAAAAAAAAUACAGGGGAAAGGAAAAUGAAAGAAACAAGGUGGAGCCAAGUGAAAAAGAAAAGUCAAGGGGGUAAUGGCAAUUUUAAACCAACAGACUAUCAAAGUUUUACCUCCUCCAUUAAAAAAGGUGCACACAAGCCAAAGGCCCAAAUGGCCGGAGCUUAUCCUCGUUUCCUCAGCAUGACGCAUGCAUAGGAGUAUUGCUACUCCUCCCUGGACGUGAUGCUAGUCCAUCACAGGGUUUUCCCCAGCAGUAUGUCGCUGGUACUCAUUUAUACACCUGUGUAAAGAGGGAGACAAAGUGGUUUAAAGUUCCUUGUAUAAGGAAACAACAAGAAGGGCGAGGCUUGAACCCCUAACCUUCAGAUUCAGAGUUUGAAGUGUUAGCUGCUCGGCCACACAUGCCUCCAACUUCUCCAUUGGAAGCCCUAAUUUAUUAUCAAGAACAAAAGCCAGAUUUGGUUCAACUUGGAAACUAGGUUUUGGUCAGUUUUUGUUAUUUUUAGCCCCAGGCAGUGACCAGAAAAAGGCUUGACUAUUGGUGUUUUUCACAAAAAUUUGUAGAAGCGAGUGGGUUCUUCUUAAGCAGUAACCUCACUUGCCAAAAACAUGGUUGAUGAGGUUUGAUAGAGGAUUUAUGAUAUAUUCCUCCACUGUGUGUGGUGUAAUGUACUGUUUACAUUUGUAUCUAUCAACAGUUGAUCCCAACCCAAGUACAUUGUCUAUUGAUGUAAGUACAACAUUAGGUGUGGUUUAUACAUUUUACAUUUUUGAACUUAUAAUAUUAGUGCAGUUAAUGUGCAGUCUGGAGUUUAUGAGAAAAGGACCUAAGUCUCAUUAAUCACAGCCUUAUAUUGACUGCAUUUUUGAACAGACAUCAGGACCACUGGGCCAGAGUGGAAGAAAUAAAUAUGCAAAAGUUGGUUUAUAGGAUACAAUGUUUAUCCUCUUUUCACUUUCAGGAAAGUAUGUUUAAACAGGAUACCAUGCUCUCAAGUGGCCAGGGAUUUAGUAAUACCCUGUCAAAUAAUCAGAAUAUUUGUUCAAGACUUCAUAUGGUAGGUAAUGUACAUUUAGUUCUGACUGAUGUUCUAACAGCAUUUUGGCGUAUGUACUCUACUGUCAGUAUGCAAUUUGAACAUCUCCUUAGAGACACCUCCGUAGUAUACACCUCUCUAUUUGAGACAGUCCUGUGUGUCCCUAUGAAGGUACUCUUUGUACAAUCCCUACCUCCACAAUAUGGACACCUCUCUAAUACAACCAGUCUUGUGUGUCUUAAAGAUGACCCACUUCAUACAGAUCAUGUACUAUUGCCACCUUUACAAUACAGACUUCUCUCCGUUAUAGCCAGUCCUGUGUGUCCCAAAGAUGGUAGACUUCUUACAAACCUUAACGCAUCCAUAAUACGGUGUACAGAGACCACCAUAAUACAGACAUUUCUCUAUUCUUUGGUCCUAAAGGUGUAAAUGUUCAUACAUUUCCAGCCUCUAUAAUACAGAUACCUCUAUGAUACGGCUACCUCUGUAAUGUGGAAACUUCUCUCUGUCCCCUUGUUUGUACUAAGAAGGCUUGACAGUAUAUCAUUCAGUAUAUAUGUUACAGGAAAAAUUAAAUUCAGGUCAAGAUUUUUUACCCUUGGUUGAUUCUCAGUUUCCUUUUUCUGCUGGCCCUAAUUCAUGAAUGACUAGAGAAGAACGAAAACUGAGAAUCAACCUAGGUUAAAAAAUUUUAACCUAAACUUCAUUUUGACCUUGUAAGGCCUCAACAGUGAAACUUAGUAAUUAACUUAGCUCACUGUACAACAUUUAUUUUAAUUUGUAGAGGGAAAGUUCUCUUUGCCGAAGACAAAAUUUUUCUCAAGGUGACAAGGCAGCUGCUUAUGCCAAGUAAGUCCCUGACAUAAGUACAUGUAGUUAAUAAUUUAUUAUUAUUUUUAUUUCUGUUAUAGUUACAGGUAUACUAUGCUGUAAGGGCUGUCACUAAGGUUUGAAAUCACGGAUCAUUAUACAUUUCUGGGAAAGUGAGCACCUACCCCUCCCUUAAGUCAACAUUUUGCCCUAAGUGAGAAGUUAGUGUUAAUGUUGGCUUAGGGGAGGGGUAGGUGGGCAGUUUCCUAGAAACAUAUAAUGAUCUGAAAUCACCAGGUAUUUGCAUUAAAAUUAUUAGUAGGAGGGGAAUUCAACAGUUAGACAGUUAGGAAGUUCUUUUGCUUGUAUUUUCAUGUUGUUUCCUGGUAUGAAAGUAGCCAAGGGAAGUCUCUGGCCCCCUGUUCAGUGCAUAUUUUUACAAUUUAACAAAAAUAAUUUCCAAGAGAAAAAGGGAAUAUAUAAUAUUUUUGCCAGUGACAGUUUAGUAUUGUGUAAACAAGUAAAAACUCCCAAAAUAACUUUCAACAUUUGGGUAGCAUCAUUGUGCUACUGUCAAGAAAACAAUAAAAGGUACAUUGUUCACUAAAUUAGCAAAACAUAGUGCUUGUAAUUAAAAAAUACAAAUUCAAUACUCAUAACUCAAUAUUGCCAUUUUUGAGUCCAAUUUGCCAUUAUUAGUCCUUCAUGAGGAAUUUUUCUGGACAAGUGUAGUGGUACGCUACCUUUUUCUCACUUUCUUCUUUCAUGACAUGAUUGCUUUUUGUGUUGUUUAGCUUUAUCCCGAACAAAAUGGAGACAAAAGCCCAUUGUCGCGAGAAGUUAUUUUGCGGCAGAUAUUCAAGUGAUGGCACAGUGUUCCUUUCAGCAUGCCAAGGUUAGUUUGUUUGUAGAUUAAUAGUAUUCUUAAUGUAUGAAGAUACCUCAUUAAACAUUUACAAUGUAGCUCAAGUUGUGGUAUACAUUUCCAUACAACUGAGCAACUAAGUUUUGAAUGCCUUUCAUUGAUUUAAUCUUUCCUCUUUUAUAGACCAGCACAUUCGGCUGUAUGAUACAACAAAUGGACAAUUUAAAGAAUUCCGUAACAUAACAGCCAGAGAUGUUGGCUGGAGCAUUAUUGACACUGAUUACAGGUACUAAUUGGGAGGAGUAAAUUAAAGUAUAACUAAAUCUGCAUGGAAAAGAAGUUUAUCUUAUAAAUCUACAGUGUUAUUUUACAAGUGCCAGAUUUGAAAAUAGAAAAGUUGGUUCACUGAUACAACUUUCAGCCAUAAAAAUGGCACUUGUUUCAAAAUUAAUAGUGUGAGAAAGCAGCCAAUAUUUCCCAACAUCGCCACUGGCUUCCCUGUGAAAUGACGCUGAGGAAAGAGCACAGAAAUUCCACACUGGUUAAGUGUCACUCCCUAGAUCUGAGAAGUGCCUCUGAUUGGUUGUGCUAUAUGGGAAAUUUGCUUCAACCAAUCAGAAGCACUAGCCAAAUUUGGGUAGUGACACAUAAUCAGUGUGGAGUUUCUGUCCUUGUUCCUCACACAUCAUUUUAUGAGGAAACCAUUGACAUCCCAAAAUGUUGACUACUUUCUUAAAUGACAAUGUAAUAUUUAUUUUUGACGUUUGUGAGUUGUUAUGAAUUCAUUAAUAAUUUGGUGUUUCUUUUUUGGUAGCCCUGAUCAACAGUACCUCAUCUAUUCAAGCUGGUCUGACUAUAGUAAGUCAACUGAAAUAAUUUCUAAUUUAUAUCUUAACACUUAAGGGUUGGAAGAGAUAACAGAUUUAUUUUUGUUGAAUAGUAUGUAGUUUUCAAUAGAGAUUCCUCUUAAUGGUAGCUACUCCUUAAAGUCUCUAAAGACUCCUUGGCAAAGUGCGUAAUUUCUGAAAUGUGUGCCAGACGUACGUGUAGUCUCUCUGAAGCUGUGGUUUUGAGGUCCCACACAUGGGCUCAGGUCAGAAUAAGCAUUAAGUGAUAUAACACGAAUAAUAAAGACAUUAGAAAUUGAAUGUUUGUGUUUGUUUAUGGAACAAAUUUCAUAGGUUUGGUGAAACAGGUGCAAUGUAAUGCUUAAAUAUUAAAAACACUGCAAAACAAGUGGGGUUGUACUUUGUCCGAACAGACUAGGUGGCUGAGACACACAUGCAUGGCCACAAAUCUUCAGAUUGUUUUGAAUACCCAAAAAACUAAGCCAUCCAAAAAAUGCUAGCCAAAUUUUCCUUCCCCUAAAAAUCCCAGAAACAAAAAUUUCAAACCCCCAAAAAUCCUUUGAUCAUCUCCGUCACUUGAAAUCCGGCGUACCCCCGCCCCCCCUCCCCUUCCCUCACCCGGGAAAAUGUCAAAAAUAGUAACACAAAGUGUUUGAAUCAAAUGGACAGUUGCAAUAUGUAUACCUUAUGUCUUGUUUAAAAAAGUAAACACACUAAAGAGUUGUUGACUUCUGGUUUCAUUUCUUAAUUGCUGUUUAAUUUUCAUUUUACUUGUAGUUCAUCUUUGUAACAUCUAUGGGGAUCAUGAAUCACACACUGCUUUAUGUUUAAAGUGAGUAAUGAUUUUUUUUAAAUUUCACCUGCAGAUUUAGAGUUAGCCAAGUUAAAGUGACAGUUUGUAGGAUGAAAAAAUUGAUUACUGCCCUCUGAACCAAACAACCUUUUGUUUGAACAAUAAAUUGCCCUCACUUUUGUGCCUGGUUGGAUAUUUAAGAAUGUGCAAUACUCCUAAUGGGCCUGAUUUUGCUUUGAUCAGAACUCUUCACUUUGGAGCACUUUACCUUGGAGGAUUUUAAAUUGUGUUGGUUUUACUUGUCGUUUCUUUAGUCCAGACGAUGCAAGAUUCUGUGCCUUUUCAAUAAAAUUUUCACAAGAUAAUAGAGAAAUCUUAGCAGGGUAAGUCAAUUGCUUAAUAUGUGUUCCAUUUCCAGAUUCAGAAUUAUUUUCUUGUUUAAUUUAAUAUUCAGCAAUAUCCAAGUUGGUUACCCACUAAAAGAUGACAUCAGAGCACCAAUUUUCCCCCUCCUCCACCACGACCUAUAUUGUAGAGUUAAAUGAAUGAGUACAUGAAUAACCUUAUUCAAACACAGUCAACUCAUGAGGACUUAAAAACACUGCAGUUGUAACAUUAUAAGUCAAAAAAUUAUCAGAUAUUGCAGAGAUGUCAGUUGCCAUUUAAGUAUCCUCUAGUGGAAGAAAAAGAGUUGUCCUGUUGAUGUAAGGUGUCCAAAUUUUUCUAUGUGGCUUCGUUUUCGAACAUGAGGACAGUUGAUGUUAGGGGAUGUAAGUUUGAAAACAGGGCCAUUUUGAGACUCAACCAUGGAAACUAAUGUUCAUACUUUUCUCAAAAAUAAAAAGCUUUUUGCAAGAACAAUUUACAUCAGAUUACUUAUGAAAAUCUACCAUAAAAGCUUUGUAUGGACAAAAGAAUGAAAGAAAUGGAUUUUUCAGUUAUUGCCUUUGAAUGCUGUAUGUUAGUGUUUCCAGGAUAUCAGAAGUUCUUUUAGUUUGAAUUGCAACCCUCAACUGUCAGCAGAAGUACUUGUAUAACAGCCAUGCAAUAGACAACCCAAUUAACCCAUUAGCCCCUGGAGAUUUUGCCGAAAAACGCGUUUUAAAGCUAGUCGAGUGGUGUUCUGGUCACUGUGGUGCUAUUAAGAGCUAAACUUACCACAAAGCUGUUUACAGGUCUUACACUUUGCAGCCUUCUGAUCCAGAUGCAAAAUAUCAGCUUCCCAAGUUUGGGCAUGCGCAGAAAGCAAAAUUUCUAGAUAGUUUUUGGGUUUAAAGCUGCAGUAAAGCUACAUAUAUAAAAGCGACACAGCAGUCUUGACUUUUACUUUUCGCUUUCUCUCCUCUCCUCUUUUUUCGCUUUUCUUGCCUCUUUUUUUUUUCUGUUGGUAGGAAUUUAGUAGGCUUCAUUUUGGUGGCAAAGGUUUUUAGGAAAGCUUUUAGGAUCUUAGGAUUAGAUGAAAGGAAAGGUAGUUGGGUAGUGAAACAAGAUUUUCAUGGAAAUUUUCAGGUCAAUGUUACAUGGUUUUUUGCCUCGUUCUCCAGUGUCAUUGUCUGAAUUGUGCUCAUUCUGGUAUGGUUUGAAAGAUCUCUUCACUCUGCACAAGUUGGCCGACAAAGUUGUCUUUGACCGUUAAAACUGAUGACAUCACAAGCGGUAGAAAGAACAUGGACCGGCAUGGGUGGUUACAGGUGGCUCAGGGGCGAAUGGGUUAACUUGUUAUUUUGUUGUUAUAAAAAAAAUAUAUUGUGUAAUUCUAGUAUAAACUAUCCCUAUCUAGAGCCAAUGAUGCAUGUAUAUACGUUUAUGAUCGAGGAAGUAAUCAGCGGACAUUAAGGGUGAGUAAUGAAGAAAAACCUACAUAGGAUGAGGCCUCUUUCAGACACUGAACUUUUCAUGAGCCAAAUUAAACCUAAUACGAUGAAUUAAUUAUGUUUUAAGUUCUGCGUCUGAAUCAGUAAAUUAAGAAUGCCUGUUUUAAUUUGGGAUGGCUCAGCCAUUCAUUCCGUCUGGCUUGGCUGGGAAUUUUCACUUUGGAAUAACUUUGGAAUGGCUUUGAUUGAGACUGCAUAUCUUUUCAUAUGCUGAAUCUAAUGCAUAAAUUAAUCCUUGGAGGGGUAGGGGAGGGAAAGGUUUAUUUUUCCUUUUUAAAGUCUGUAAAAAAAGGGUCUCAGUCAUUAAUUUUGCCUCCUUGGCAGUUGUGCUCCCUUCCCUACGUUGUACAUUACCUUUUGGUGAUUAGUAUGUGAAGCUGUAUUCAUGUUCUCAUACUCAAUCUAUUUGUUUAUUUAUUUAUUUUAUUUUAUUUUAUUUUUAUAAGCAUUGCCUAUUACAUAAUUAGAAAAAGAAAAAGAAUUAUAAAUACUGUAAAUACUGAAACAAAGAAUAAUAAAUGCUUGAUUAGGCAGGGGUGCCACAACAGUGGAGCUUAAAGCUUAAAAAAUAUGUAAAAAACAGCCAUGUUAAAAACAACAACGAAGACGGACAGACAUCUCACUUGAAACAUUACAUUCCAUCAUGUUACUUUUAGGUUCAUGGCCAUGAAGAUGAUGUAGAUUCUGUGACAUUUGCAGAUUCCAGCUCUCAAAUCCUAAUUUCUGGUGCAGAUGAUGGUCUCUGUAAGGUAUGUAUGUUCCUGAGAAAGAAGCCAAGCUGCUUCUCUAAUCUUUACCAGUUUAGAUAGUGUAUUUGUUGUAAUUUAUUCUCUCAUUUUCGUUAGUACUAGAAGAUGCUUACAUUUUAGGACAACUAACUAUGAAGGCUAGUGACAUUACCAUAUUAUUUAUAUGUCAUUGUUGUUGUUUUUAUUGAAGGUUUGGGAUCGCCGGCAGUUAAAUGAGAGCUGCCCCUAUCCAGUUGGCAUUUUAGCAGGACAUUCAGAUGGCAUCACCCAUAUUGAUCCAAGGGUAACUAAGAAACUUACACUCCUAGCAAUUGAUGAGAAGUAUAGUAAGAUGUAUUAUCACAGAGGUAUCUAUGGUUUAAAGAAAGAGAUAAAAAAUUUUGGCAGCAUCUUUGGAACCAAUAGCAGCGUACAAAGAAAAUCGUGUCCAAUAGCCUGGGGCUAGUGGAUUUUGUUAUUGGGCUAGUAAAUUCUGUUCUUAAAACUUGCCCAGUGGGCAAGUGAAAAUUUUUUGGAGGAAAGGUGGUGGGGGGAUCAAUUUAAUUGCUGAAGAAGUAUAAUCAAUGUUGCUUGUCAAAAAACUUUGGGGGGCUAGUCAAAAGACUUUCGGGCUAGCAAAUGCUAACUACAGCUUGCGUGAAGGACAAGCUGUAAAACUGACUUACUUUGCACCCUGAAUAGAACUGACAGUUAAGGAGAGAGAUUUCUGUAUUAUGGAAUGGUCCUUAAGGAAAGGUGACAAUAAUAAAAAGGACAUCUUAGCCAAGUGCCACUGACACCCUUUGACAAACAUUUCUGUGACAAAGGGUCUGUUAGUUUUGUUUUCUGAUGGCUAUAUUUUAUUAUUGUUAUUGUUAUAUAUCUGGAAAUUUUUUUCCCAAAAGUGCGGGCUCUCAUUGGUUACUUCAAAGUCACAUGACGUCUAAGAAUGAAACUAUUUCCUGCCCAGAUCUCUCAGCAGGCAACAUUGCAAAAUCUAUGACAUUAGAGGGUAACAUUACACUGUUACCCACGAAUUUUGACUGAUGACCACGGUACAACGAGGUUUAAUGAAUUUCCAGCUUCAAAAUUUCCAGCUAUGUAACAAAUCACUUGAAGACUGGUCCCUCGGGAAACAGUCAAUUUUGUUUCCCUCGAAUCUCAAUGUUGGAUUCUCGGAAAACAAAAUUAACUGUUUCCUUUGGGUUCAGUCAUUUAAGUUUCUAUACGUUCUGGUUUCUGAUUGCUACAUGUGCUUGAUAAUGAUUUCAGGGAGAUGGUCGUCAUCUUAUCACAAACUCUAAAGAUCAGACAAUCAAGUUAUGGGACAUGAGAAAGUUUUCUAAUGAAGAAGGGGUUGAGGUAACUUUUCAUGGAGUGGGUACUGUCUUAUGCUUCACUUAAGGAUCCUUCUGUUUGCAGAUUAAAAAAAAAGAAAACAAUAAUAAAAUUAUGAUUGAAAUUAUGAUGCCCUGUAUGUAGGGAGAUUUGUUGUUUUGUUUUGUUUCUCUUUUUUCCUUUGCUUGACAUUAUGUGUGUAGGUACAUGAACGUAAGGUCGAAUUACAGUGUGAUCUACUUACCUAGACAGCUUGUGUAUGUGUCAGCAGUUUUUAUAGACUUUAAGUAUGUAGAAACUAUUUUUCUAACAGAACAUGAACAACCAUAACUGUAUUUGGCAAAGUAAUAGUUUACAAAAGCAUUGUAUUACUAAUUGAGACUUUCUACAUUUUAUCAUAAUUAUUUUUGAACUUUGUACUUCAGGCUACAAAACGUGCUGUAGCAGGACAAAGGUGGGAUUACCGGUGGCAACCAGUCCCAAGAAAAUGUAAGUGUACGGAAUUCAGUGGUGUGCUUAUGACAGAUAUAAGGGUCCUUCAUUAAUUUGUGCUCAUUGUUUUUAUUGUUGAUAAUAAUAGUAAAAUUAAAUGCUUAUAAUAGUAAUCAAGAUUUCAGUGGCAUGUGGUACUGUAAUAGAACCACACUGAAGUACUUCUUCUACUGUCAUGACCACUAUCAUUGUAACACCCAAAGCUAUUACUAAUAGCACAGUCACUACAAUGAUAAGUCUUAUUGUAUUGAUUGUGGCAUUGGCAGUGGCAGUGGUAGUUAUUAGCAUACCACUACUACUACAACUACCAUCACUGUUACGGUCAACACUUCUGCUACAGCUACCACCACUUCUUCUCCUACCACUACCACUACUUCCACUACUAUCUCUACUACUACAUGGCCAUAGCUAGCUGAGGGGCAAGGGGUGGGGGGGGGGGCAGUUGCCACUGCCACAACUGUUACCAUCACUACCGUUACAUUGUACUGUUAGUAGUGACUGUGUAUUAGUAACAAAACUUAUCACUAUAUCAUGAUAAAAGUAUGCUAUAAUUUUAUUUCUUAAGAGCGUACAUAAUAAAUGACUGACAUGUAAUGAAUUCAAAUAUUCAAUGUGUUAUUUCUACUUCCAAAUGUCAUUCUUUCCACUAGCAAUGAGACGAUCUAAACUAGCUGGUGACUCAUCUCUCAUGACUUACCGUGGCCAUAGCGUGUUGUAUACUCUUAUAAGAUGUUACUUCUCUCCUGUGCAUACCACAGGCCAGGUAGGAGAUUGCAGGUCUAUGAUAAAUUGCUGUCUCUUGCUCUCAGCAAUAAUUUUAAAGUAUUUUAGUUUUUCUUAUAGUUACUGAAUCAUACUGUCAGUGAUGCCGUUCCAUGGGACCUUCACAAAAUUAUUGUGCAAUAAUUUCUAAAAAAGCGUGUUAUUAUUAUAUUCAUCUUAAUGAUUAUAUUCAUGUUAUUCACGAGUCAAUCUUUGCUAUAUUUUGAAUGUUGAGUGUACUUCUUAUUUUUUAGUAAUCAUUUUUAUUCAAUAAAUUAAUUAUUUUUUAAUUUUUUCAGCGAUAUAUUUAUACUGGAUGUUCUACAGGUUCUGUUGUCAGUAAGUAUUGAUUUAGUUCAUUUUGAGUGAAUUUUAUUCAUUACUUGAUUUUGUUUUACAACCGAAAAGUAUCUGUUCAGAAUUGACUUUAAUAUAAUAUAAAUUAUUUAUUUUUAGAUAUGUUAUUGUUUUUUAAUGCAGAUGUUCUUGUCUCAUAGUUUAUGAUGCACUGACUGGACAAGUCACCUCCAGGCUAAGGGGGCAUGUAUCCUUGAUAUAGUAAUGUUGAUCAGAGAUUAUAAGGUUGUUCAUAGACAAGAGUUCUCUAAUUACCUGAUAAUGUGUAUUAGAUCAUUAUUUAUCUUCUUUUCUAAUGAUCCUGAUAACUACAGGUAUGUACCUAUAAUUUCAUAACCAUACCAUGGUAACAGUACAACUCUCAGGGAAGAGGGCCUAAAAAUCAGUUUUCAACUUUAGAAAUAAGCUUUUUUAAUCAUAGAGAUUAGUGAAUUAAUAUUUUUCCCAUGGAAAUCCUAACCCAUCUUUCUGUUUUGGUAGCAUUACUUCUAGUGAUUGGCUGGAAAAAUUUUAGGUUAUUUUAAAAGAGGCUGUUUUAUUUACAAAGUUAAAAAAUAAUAAUCCUGCUACUGUCUUUAUUUUUUUAGUAGAUGUUAGGAAAUACUACAAAAUUGUCUCAAGUUGUUAGCUUACAAGUUUUAUUGAGGAUUUUCACAAUUUUAUUGUGUUACUACAUGUAAGAGUACGUCCCUAGACGAUGAUUGCCAGUCAAAAAAAAGCCAGCUCUUAGCAAUUUGGUUAGGCAGAGUGCAAAAAUCAAAGGGAUUCUUGUAAAAUUCCAUUAUCCAGUGCUUAAAAGAUUGAAAAAUACAAAAUUAAUUGUCUUAUGCUCUAUUCUGACGCGUAGUCAGGUUACAAGUCUGAAGUCUCCCUUUGGAACUUUAAAAUGACUCGUAUAAACUGCAACUAAACUUGCCAGUACUGUAGCUUCUGACAGGGAAUGAUCAGAACGGGCCCUUUUUGAUAUAUUUAAUGUAAAAUUUUUUUAAAUGUUUGCUUUAACUUCUAAUCAGAGAUUGACUGUUCGUGAUGUUGCAUGGCAUCCAUAUCACCCUGAGAUUGUGAGCACCUCAGUGAGUGUUAUAUAAUUAUUAAUAAGUGCCAGUAUAUUUGUGUGAUAGGGUGAGUGGAUUUAUUUAAGAUACUAGGAGAAAAGCUUGACAAAUUCAAACAAGAGGAAAUUACAUUAAGCACUUUUAUUAACCCAUUUGCUACUGGAAAUUUAGCUGUAAGACUCCUUUUGAACCUAGCUGAGCCUGAUCAUUGUUGGGCCAAAAAGAACCAAGGCUGCUCAAAAUGCUGUUUUUAAGUUGAGCAUUAAGCUGCCUUCUAUUUUUGGCACUAAAUUAAUGGGGCCUCUUAUAUGUUGGGGCAUGUCCAGAAGGUGAAAUUUUCACGUUCUCUACUCCCCUGUUCUCUCAUUUAUGGCCCAAAAGAUCUUUUUCCCCACGCAAGUUACAUCAUUGUACAUGUCAAAGUUAUACAUGACCAUUAAAACUGAUGAUGUAACAAGUGUUACAAUGGAAUGUGGAUCCAUAUGGGCAGUUAUGGGCAGUUCACUGGUGAAUAGGUUAAUAAAGCCUUAGAAAAAUAAUAUCAUCAUUUUAAUCUUCUUCUGCUUCAACUUCAUUCAGUGAUGUAAAUUUACUCUGUCAGUACUUAAGAUGCCACUACUGCUAAUAAUGAUUUAUUGUUUUUCUUAUUACCAGUGGGACAAAACGCUAGGUUUAUGGACUUACAGACGAAAGGUAGAAGAUGGUGAUGUCACAGAGAAUGAGGCGUCACCUAAGGAUACCAAGUCGACAUUGCAUAGGAAUCUUUUAAGCUUUAUCUAACACAGUUCAGUUUCAGGUGUAUCAAUCGUUAAACAAGUUCUAAAAUAGUUAUUAAUUUUUGUAAAGAUUUAAUUAAUGCACAAGCGAAUUUGCACCACAUGAAAUACUGCCUAGGAGUACAUUCAUUUGUGGUGGUCAAACCAAGAGGUUUUGUUUUUAGGUGGAAAAAAUACAUGCUUUGUACUCGCAUCAUAACAUUAAGCAAAGAGGAUCUAGGAUUUUUAUAGGGGAGUGAGUAAAACGUCAGAAUUAACUGGUCCAUCUCUUAGUAUUAUCACGAUCAGAUGAUAUUACAGAGCUGUGGAACCUGAAUAUAACAAUCCUCAGAAUAACAAAGAUAUACUUACCCCAGUAAUAACAGUAAAAUGUGACAUGUCCCUUAAUGGCCCUUCAUCAUACUGAGGUUUCACUGUAUCAGAGACUGCUUAGAUCAUGGUACUUAAAAGGUAUUAAUGAAUCCUUAUGCAGAUGAGAUUUAGUGUUCCUUUGAUGCACAAUGAUCCAAUUAAAGUGACCUUGGAUCAUAAAUCCUGAUCCGAAUCACUGCACCCUAUAUCUGAGGUAAAUAAGGGUUAUCUGGGUCAAGAAGGGUGAGGAGGGUUGCGGUUAAAGGAAACCCCCUCUCCCCAUAGAUCUGUGUUUGAAUAGUAACAUAGUUCACACACAUUGGGGAGUUUUCAUUCUCAGUCGUAAAAGUUUGGACCAACAAGUCGUUUUGGGAAAAUUGGUACUCAGAUAUUGAAACCUCUUUGAAUGGUCACAAGGAUUUGGUUAUGUUCUGGUUAACGGUGUAUAUCUUCUACAAGUCUCCUCCAGCCAAAAAAAUUCGUCGAACGUUUAAAAGUAAAAUACUUAAUAGAUAGUAGAUAAAUUUUGUAAAGGGAUGGCAAAUAAAAACCAAUACUUUUAUGCUUUUCUUAAGACACAUUAGAAGCUGCAACUUACUGUUUUUCUGGCCUACAUCCACAGCCAAAGGAAUUUUCUUUUAUUUGUUGUGAUUAUCAUAAUAUUUUAGGGAUUUUCAGUGAAUCUUGAAAUUUGCAAAUAGGCCUUUUUAGAAGCUUGUAUGACAGUGAAUCACUACCAGCCCUGUAAAUUUCCUUUUUAGAGAGUUAUCUAUAUUUUCUCUUAUUUAUUUUAAGAUGACCUGAGAAGCCUCAUGCCAAUGCCAUUGAUAGUAAUAUUAUUAUCCUCUCGUCAAUUCCCUUUUUUACUGCAGAGGUUAAAGGUUUAUCGUGGAGCUUAUUUGUAAGCGGUGUAUUUAAAAGCAAACAAACUGUUUUUGUUCUGUUCAGCAUGUAUGCCUCCUGGACAAAACUUGUGUCGUCAUGAAUAUUGUAUAUAAAUAUUACAAUGUCAAGUUGUGAUGAAUCAAACAGAACCAGGUUGGAGUUACUGGUUAUUUGUGGUCAGGACUUGUGAGAAGUGUUUGUUGUCAGUUAUAGUUUGGUGUGACAAGGUGAAUGUUGAAAAUAUUCUUAAAUGUACAAAAUUAUAGCAGAGUUGUGGAAACGUUUGAGGUAACUCGCCACUCCUUAAACUAUGGGAGGUGGGUACAAGUAUUACUGUAACAACAAUUUUUAGGAUGGUUGGGUGGACAAACCUUACUAGGUCUUACCCUCCCACACGAUCCCAAAAAUCUUUUCACGGAAAGUUUGUACCCAUACUUCAGUCUAAUAAACAAACUGUGUAAAUAAAAUAGUUACUAGAAAUUUCACUGUCACAGUGAGUGCUUGUGAGGGGAAAUU